GUGCUGUUGGAGGGGCUGUACUUUGCGCUGGUGGUGCGGAGGCUGAGGCCGGAGGAGCAGGACGUGUUGGUGGAGCGCCCCCGUGUGGAGCAGGUCAGCCAGCGCAUCCCCAGGGUCCGGCCGCCCCAGGGGUUCGCCCUGUUCCAGGCCCGAGAGGAGGCCCGCAAAGUGCGCGUGCUGCACACCAUGCUGAAGAACUUCCUGCUGUACAUGCUGCUCCUGCUGGUGGUGCUGCUGAUGAACUACGCAGACAGCAGCCGGGACGCAGACAGUCUGCAGCUGCGCAGCCAGCUGCGUCUGCGCAUGCACACGCCCCGCUUCAGCAACAUCAGCAGGCGUGAGGAGGUGUGGGCGUGGCUGUCCCAGUCUCUGCUUCCCCUCCUGCUGGACAGAGAGGCCCUGAUGAGAGACACGGGCAGCCUGCUGCUGGGAGCCCCCCGGCUGCGUCAGAUACGCACCCACCACG